AUGUGGACUGCGGCGCUGCAACUCUUCGCGCGGAUGCGUAAGGACAGGGUGAAGAUCACCAGCGUCAGCUGCAACGCGCUCCUUUCAGCCUUGGAGAAAGGUCGACAGUGGACGAAGAUAACAAAGGCUGCCCACAAGCUUGGUGGAAGACGUGUCACCUCUCAGGUGUCCUACAACUGCGUUGCCUCUGCCUGCGAGAAGUCGCUGGUUUGGCGGGCGGCGCUAUGCUUCCGGGGCCCCCAACCAGACGCUGUGGCCGUGGCUGUGCAUCCCGGCCCAAUGUGUUGCUACAGCAGGAAAGCACAGUCCAUGUUUUCCACCCGCCACCGCCGCCGCUGUGCCGCCGCCGCCGGCACCACCUCUACUACAGUCGGUGCAAUCUAUGUUCACGCUCACCUGGGAUCUACCAGGUCCAUCAGUGCUUGCGAGUCGCCCAGCUGCAAGAGUAAUUUCAGCAACCGUGGCACUUGA